CCUAGUCUUGAGCGUGUCCAGAGGGAAAAAGAGUAGAUCACAGACGACUCCAGCCGAGGCUCCAGACUAUAAAUUAAAAUCAAAGUACCCAAUGAUCCUCUAUAAAUGCAUUAGUAGCCAGAGAUUAGUAUUGCGUCAGCUGCGGGACAUCGGAACUACAAACGGAGUUCUCGACGAUGACACGUUGGCGUAGCCGGCUACCUCGAGGAUCUGCAGCUCCUCAGAUAUAGGGUGCCUGCAGCAGCAGCACCUAGUGCUCCUGCCUUGGAAUUGUGUAACCUAUGAAACAUUCGAAAUUAUUGUUUUCCAAAGAAUGAUUAACUAAGUCUAUUUUGGUCUUAUUCUUCUCCCUCUUUACUUGUUUCGGUCAAAAGAAAAUUUACAUUAUGGCACCAAAUUUCCUAAAGAGCAGCCUUGAAAAUGCGUCGUUCAACAUUGUGUUUCAAAUAAUGUGUAGAUGUAUAACAUUUCUACUGAAUGCCUUCGUGGUUCGACAUGUUGGGGCAAAACUCAUUGGGAUAAUGAAUGUACGAUUAUUGUUGAUGGAAUCUGUUAUAUUAAUGUUGACUAAGGAAACAUUUACCAAAGCUUGUCUGACCAAUACUUCUGAACACAACUGGGCUCAAGUUGUUAACUUGUUGUGGUUGACGAUUCCUCUCUGUAGCAUCAUAUCUUUUGUUUGUGGCUAUGUUUGGCUCUUUUUUUUAUCAGCUGAUGAAACGUCUCAGCUGUACUACACUUUUGGUGUGUGGUCCAUAGCAAUUUCUUGUAUAAUAGAAUUAAUGUCACUGGCAGUACAACUUGUUGCUAGUGCAUUUUUAUUUGUUAGACUAAAGAUUAUCUUGGAAAGUAUUAUGAUUGCACUUAGGACUGUAACGUUUGUAUCUAUUAUUGUUUUUAAUCCAGAGAAUGCCCUUCUUGCGUUUGGAAUAGCUCAAUUAAUUGCGGCUGUUUUUUAUACUACAAGUCAUUAUGUUUACUUCUAUCAUUACAUAAAAAGGUUGAAAAGGCAUAAACUUAAAAGAAGGCUGUCGAUGAGCGAUGAUGGAACGGAAGAAUACGUUGAAUCUGAAUUUCCAUUUCUCUCAAUAAAAGAGUUCUUGCCAGGUCAGCUUAAAAAUCAUGAUACCUAUUUCAAUAAAAAUCUGUCCUCUUUAACAUGGAGUUUCUUGAUGCAAGGCGGUCUCAAGCAAAUUUUGACAGAAGGUGAAAGAUACAUCAUGACGUUUUCACCCUUACUAACACUAGCAGAACAGGGUAUGUACGACGUUGUGAAUAAUUUGGGCUCGUUGGCAGCUAGAUUCAUCUUCAGGCCAAUCGAAGAAAGCAGCUAUUUUUAUUUCACCCAAAUGGUGGAGCGAAGUCAGCCGCUGUCUCGCCAAAACCCGGCAAAGAUGUACGAGAGCACAAACGUCUUGAGAUAUCUUUUUACCGUGGUCACGUCCAUAGGACUCAUCGUUCUAGUCUUUGGCCAAUCUUACUCCCCUCUACUUUUAUGGCUCUAUGGCGGUGAUGCUUUAUCAUCGACGCUGCCGGUACUUUUACUAAGAGCCCACUGCUUGGCUGUGUUACUGCUGUCAGUUAAUGGUAUCACCGAGUGUUAUACACAUGCCACGGCUGACAGUGCAACCCUCAACAAGAAUAACUUCAUUAUGAUCUGCGAGUCGAUAGUCUUUCUAGGAGCCUCUUAUAUUUUCGUAGUGUUAUUCGGACCUGUUGGUUUUAUAUUGGGCAACUGUGUCAAUAUGGGACUUCGGAUUAUACACUCGAUUUUGUUCAUUAAUAAAAGGUAUUCGGUUACCAAUGAACAACCGUUAGCCGGUCUGGUUCCCAAGCCAUUCUUCAGUACCUGCUUAAUCGUAGCUGCACUUGUUACCUCAUGCUCUCAAGCUUAUUAUUUUCCCGACAAAAAGUUUUUGCACUUUUUCAUUGGCGUCAUCAUGUUCAUGAUAGUAGUCAUCUCGUGGGCUUACGAGAAUUCUGAUCUUCUCAAGCUUGGCUUAAAUAAAUGGCUUGAGAAACGUAAUGGAGACGUAAAACGCGAUUGACAUUACCAUUGUUAUUAUUAUGAUGGAUAUUUCCCGUCGUAUUGAUUUGUUACCUGUAGAUAUAUCUUAAUGACAGUAUAACACAUGUUAAUUGUAUAUUUUGUAGAAUUACUAAAUACAAACUAUAU